AUGGCGACAGUGCGGAGCGCGUGCGUUCUUUUCGUUUGUCUAUGCGCCAUCUCCCCGGUUCUCGCGUACGUCGCGGGAGGACAGUAUGAUUGGGCUGAGCCGAACGCACCGAUAUACCCCGCUAGUUCUCGGAGUAGGAUGACUAGAGAAACGGCCCAGCGACGCCUGGACGCGGUCAGGGUGGUGAUGCAAAAGUACUCCGUCGACGCCUACGUGGUGCCAACAGCCGACGCGCACAACUCGCAAUACAUAGCGGCCGCAGACGCCAGGAGGGAGUGGUUGUCUGGUCUCUCCGGGUCUUCGGGGACAGCUCUGGCGACCCCGACGCAUGCCCUGGUGUGGACCGAUGGCAGAUACUUCACCCAGUUCUACCUGGAGGUAGACACGGACGUGUGGAGCCUCAUGAGACAGGGAACCGACUUGUCGAUCCAGUCGUGGCUGGUGGCCAACAUGGCGCCGGGUUCUGUCGUGGGAAUCGAUCCAACCACCUACACGCGCACCGCGUGGAAUUCCCUAGAGGGUGCCCUCAGACAAGUCAAUGUGGAACUGAGACCGAUCUCGGAGAACCUGGUGGAUCUGGCCCGCGUCAGCAUCAACGACCCGCCACCAGCGAGGCCAAACAACCCACUUUUGGCGCUCACCACGGAAUUUACGGGAAGAAGAUCAGCUGACAAGGUAGCCGAUCUGAUCUCACAGAUAACGGCCCGUGGUGCAGAAGCCCUGGUCCUUACUGCGUUGGACGAUAUUGCUUAUACACUCAACCUUCGUGGCUCCGACAUACCGUACAAUCCGGUGUUUUUCGCGUACUUGGUAAUACGAUCGGGACUGAGCGCACCCAACAACGUGCUUCUGUUUUGGGGCAGCGGUGUCUUAUCUUCGGAAAUCCUUCAGCACCUAAACUCCGAAGGUGUACAAGUGUCUGCCAGGCCUUACGAUCAGGUCUUCGACUAUCUAAGGAACAUGGCGGAUGAAUUACCGCGGGGCAGUACGAUAUGGCUGUCUCAAGACGGCAGCCACGCUGUGCAUCUUGCUGCGGAGGCGAACGGUACGAUGGCAACACUGUCCACCGUUUCCCCGGUCGCCCUCAUGAAAUGCGUGAAGAAUGAAGUAGAGCUUCGGGGUUUCCGCUCAGCCCACGUCAAGGAUGGCAUCGCGGUGGUAAGGUUCCUCCGUUGGGUGCACGAGAUGGUCGACUCUGGAGCCAGGGUCACGGAGAUCAACGUCUCCGACAAGCUCGAGGAGUUGAGAGGUGAGGAGCGAUAUUUCAUGGGCCCAUCGUUCGCGACCAUCGCUGGCGCUGGCGAGAACGGCGCAAUCAUCCACUACAAGCCCUCGCGGGAGGGCGAGCAGAGGGUCAUCAGGAAGGAAGACAUGCUGCUUGUCGACUCCGGCGCUCAAUAUAUGGACGGCACGACUGAUAUAACCAGGACCAGGCACAUGAGCUCGUCUCCCACUCCUGAGCAACGGCUGGCUUUCACGAGGGUGCUGAAAGGUCAGAUCCUGCUGGGCACAGCGGUGUUCCCUAGAGGGUCCACGGGCAAUUUGCUGGAGACUUUGGCGCGCAAGGCGCUCUGGGAUGUGGGGCUGAACUACGCCCACGGGACUGGGCACGGCGUGGGCCAUUUCCUCAACGUGCACGAGGGCCCCUCUGGAAUAGGGGCCGCCUUGAUGGCUUCGGACCCUGGAAUUGUUCCCGGCAUGAUCUUCAGCGACGAGCCCGGGUACUACGAGGUGGGCGAAUACGGCAUCAGGCACGAGGACCUGGUCGAGGUGAUCGAGAUGAACAGAAACGCCGACCACAUAUCCGCGGAGGGUAUGGUGGGCGACUUCAACGGUGUGGGUGCCGUGGCCUUCUACACCAUAUCACUGGCCCCGCACCAGACGGCGUGCUUGGAUGUCAGCUUAUUGGAUGACCACGAGAUCAAAUACCUGAACGAUUACCACGCCCGUGUACUGGCGACCCUCGGUCCGAUCUUGCUGCAACGGAACCUGACUGAAGACUACGCGUUUUUGGAGAAAGAAUGCGCGCCUAUUUAUCGGAGCGCCGCCAUAUUGGCCAAAUCGACGCCUCUAUUGGCGCUUAUGGCUGUUUUUAGUCUGUGGUUCGCGAAG